GAGCGGAACUUCUCCGGCGGCGAAUUGGGCAAUUUGAGAAAUUCCGAUAAUGGACUCCAUGGAAGCUCCAUCUCCACCUUUUCAAUCUCCCUCUCGUUCCAGUCAACAAUUGCAUUUCUACCUCGCCGUGGAUCGUCCCCAAUUCAAAAUGGAGACUGUAGUGGAAUUAUUGGGCGUUCUAGGUCGUCGUCCAUGGCUUCCGAUUGUAGUCUGUUGCAGCUCUCGUGAUGAACUCGACGCCGUCUGUUCUUCCUUAUCCACUCUUCCUUACAUUUCCUUAGCCGCUUUGUACAGUGAUCUAGCAGAUAGAGAACGAACUAUGGUUAUAGAGAAGUUCAGGCAAGCAACAAUCAACUGGAACCAGCAACUUAACUCUGUGGUGGAAGAAGGUUUGGAAGAGAGUGAAACCAGAAAAGAAGAAAAUAAAUCUCAUUUGGUAGUUGUGACCGAUGUUUGUCUUCCGUUACUCUCAUCAGGAGAAUCUUCUCUUUCCGCACGCGUUCUCAUAAACUACGAGAUUCCUAUAAAGAAGGAAACAUAUACAAGGCGUAUAACAACUUGCUUAGCUUCAGGUGGAAUUGUCAUAAACAUGGUUGUUGGAGGUGAAGUCACGACUCUCAAAAGCCUCGAAGAAAGCAGUGGCAUAAUCAUCGCAGAGAUGCCAAUCAAUAUUUCUGAAAUCUUAUAACAACGCAUGGACCUCCUACGAUCUGAAGGAUACCGCCCAAGCAAGGUUAAAUGGUUCUUAAGCUUCAAAUUAUAGGUUACGGGACUUCUCUAGAGAAACUUUUAGUUUUUGUCAAGGCAGAGAAGCUGUCUCUCUGCUGCACUAAUAGCUAUUGAGUAUUUGAGUUUAUCACUUUUGUCUAAAACGCUGCGUUUUUGACAGUUUUAUUUAUUAUGCAAAAAAAUCUGAAGAUUUUG